CCUCGGUCCCUACCCUGCGGAGGCAGGCGUUUCCCGCUCGGAGGGAUUCCGUGCCGCCGUCGCGGCCGCCGCGCGGGGUUUCUUCGGGCUCCAGGUUUCCCUGCCAACCACGAGGAGUCGAGCGCGGGGGAGAAAAAGCGGCGCCUGGGUGAACCCCCCCACACCUCCCGCGUCGCUUCCAGCCCGAGCUCGCCCCGGAAGGGAUGGGCGACAUCUGGCUGCCCUGCCCGGUGCUCCUCCUGGCCGGUCUGCUCCCAGCGCUGCUGCCGGGGACGGCCAGCUUCACGCCCUCCUUGGACAGCGACUUCACGUUCACCCUUCCGGCCGGCCAGAAGGAGUGCUUCUACCAGCCCAUGCCCCUGAAGGCCUCGCUGGAGAUCGAGUACCAAGUUUUAGAUGGAGCAGGAUUAGAUAUUGACUUCCAUCUUGCCUCUCCAGAGGGAAGAACCUUAGUUUUUGAACAAAGAAAAUCAGAUGGAGUUCACACGGUAGAAACUGAAGAUGGUGACUACAUGUUCUGCUUUGAUAAUACAUUCAGCACCAUUUCUGAGAAGGUGAUUUUCUUUGAAUUAAUCCUGGAUAAUAUGGGAGAACAGGAGCAAGAGCAAGAGGACUGGAAGAAAUAUAUUACUGGCACAGACAUGUUGGACAUGAAACUGGAAGACAUUCUGGAAUCCAUCAACAGUAUCAAGGCCAGACUAAGCAAAAGUGGCCAUAUCCAGACUCUGCUUAGAGCAUUUGAAGCCCGUGAUCGAAACAUACAAGAAAGCAACUUUGAUAGAGUCAACUUCUGGUCUAUGGUUAACUUAGUGGUAAUGGUGGUGGUGUCAGCCAUUCAAGUUUAUAUGCUAAAGAGUCUAUUUGAAGAUAAGAGGAAAAGUAGAACUUAAAACUUUAAAGUACUUAACAUUGAAAAAAAAAAGAGAGAGACAGAAAAAUGCAAUACACUGUUACAAUCAAGACCAAUAGUCUUUUCUAAAAAUGUUUUCAGGCAUUACCACAGUGUGAAACAAGUAUAAUUUUAAGGUGAAAGGAAUCUUUGCUUUCGUCUGUGCAAGUAAUCUUAUUGCUUCAGUUGUACUUAAGUGUAUAACAGAAAUAUUUUGUAGAACAUAGAUAUAAUUGAAUGAAACCAUAUUAAUCAGCAUUUUCCUAAGUUUGAAAAAAUUUUCCAGCUGUCAUAGGUGAUUUAAAUAAAUGAACUUUGGCCCUAAAUGCAACACCAAUAAUGUUUUUAAAAGAUUCUCUUACCUAGAAGUUUCUUUGUAAAGGUGGCAAUUAUAAAUUUAUUGUAUAAUUUUUCAAUAUAUUAAGUUCCAAAUCCUCUGGGAAUUACCUAAUCAUGGAUUGGAUAUAUCUUCAGAAGACAAAAACUCAACUUUUCUUUUCUUUUUACAUAUGUAUCUCUCCUGUUAUGUAAAUAGAAGCAUAGCUGUGAAAAACAGAUUUGUGAGAUUUCUAUAACCAAAUAUAUUUCAAUUUAAAAUAUUAGCAAAAUAUUGUAUACUUAGCUUAGAUUCCCCAAAGGCCAACAUUUUGAUAAUUCUUAAAAAUGCUUAAUUGUUACUAUAAUUCAACAGAUUUUCUCUUUGAAAUUAAAUAGCUAAAGGUUGUUCAGGUUCCAUAAGGACACAUUUUGUCUAGUCCUUAAGUAAGAUGUAGAAUUUUGAAAUUAAAUGUGAGGGAAAAUAAUUUUAUUUUUAUAUUACCUAUCAGCAGUGUUAUGUUAGUUUUAACAUCAUGACUGACUUGGAUAAUACAUUACCAGCAGUUGUGAAGAAAAUAUUGCUUAAAAAUCUGGGCUUUACAUAAAUAUCUCCUUUUCUGAGUUCUCAAAAUCAACAAGAACAAAAAACUAACAAAAGCAAUAAGGAAGAAUUAAGGUAAACCUGAGGAUAUCUGAUCAAAAUUAAGUUCACUUAAUAAACUCUAAGUAUCUGGAAUCUGAUUGAUUCAUAAUAAUGACCCGAUCCUAAUAUCAUGAGACUAAAUUCUAGAUAACUGAAGAAACUGUACUUGGCUAGGAUUUUAUUUUUUAUAGUUUUAUUCUGUUUUGAAUUGUCUUUUAUUAAGUAUUCAGGUACCUUUUAUAAAACAAACUCAAACUCUACUGUAAGGUUUAGCACUGGGUACAUACUUUACAAUUGUUAUUAUAACUUUCAUUAAAUGACCUUUCUAAUCACUUUAUUUAUUGACAUUCAAGUUAAGUAUUGAAAACCCACAGAAUCCCAAAUAUAAAGUCAAUAUGUGAAUAACCCUGUGUAAAGUCUGUGCCAUCCUUGCUUAUUGCAGUCUGUGGAGUAUUAUUCAAAUACUAGUAAUUUAGCUACAUCAUGAAUUAAAUAAAAUUUUUAGGUUAUACACAUUUGUAAUAUUGUUUAAGACAAAUAUGAGUUAGAAACAACUUAAAAAUUUGAGCAUAGAACCCCUCUGUACAUUAGUACUGCUGGAAUUCUUAAUAAGCAAUGAUAUUGAGAGAAUGGUUUCAUUUAUUAAUUUACAGUCAGAGUGGCACAAAAAGAGAUUUCCCUCCUCCUUAUGCCCUUGGGAAAACAAAGGUUAGAUAUCCCUACUCUGAAGCUCUUUAAAACUGACAUGAAUGCCAUAUAUAACUGAUUACCUUAACUGGCCAAGAAAAUGUUUAAUUAAGUGUCCAGGAGUGCCUAUAAUAUAUGCAUUCAUUAUAAGGACCAAUAAUCGCCUAUGAAGAGACCUUCCCCCGCCUCCUCCUGUUAAACUAAUCAUGAGAAGCUAACUUACCAUACUAGAAUAAAACAGUACAAAUAUAAACUACUGCAUCUUUUCUAAAAAACUGUGAUUAAGAAUUCUACCUCUGGCUGGUUACUGUACUGUACUGAUUCCUUACCAAUGAAUUCAUUACUUUAUCUACAGAUGAUUUAUGCCACUGAUUUUAAACAUGUGAUUCAGUAAUGUCUUACCUUAUAAUGGCCUUAUAUGGAAAACAAAGAAUUUAGGAAUAUUGAGGACAAUUUUAUUUUUCUAGGCACAAAAUGAAGAGUGGGAAUGCGAAGAAUGUUACUUGUAUUAAGCAAAAAAAGCAUAAUUAGUGAGCAAAGAACUAAAUUCUUUAAUAUUUCUAAAGAUAUUAAUCUGCUUCAUGGCUUUUUAAAUGCCAGUAUUCAAUUUUGAAAGUAAAAUUAUGCUAAAAUUAAUCUACUUACCACUUAAUGGCUGAUUUUGUCUUUGGUUUUUAGUUACAUAAACUCUUAAAAGCCUAGGAUUUUACUAAUUUGCAUUUGGGUUGUUAAUGAUGUCUAUUCUUUGAUGUGAAUGUUAAGGUAAAGAAGGUAAAUAAUGGUUGAAAACAGCAUGGAAAUAAAUUACAAACUGAAAUGUAAUUUUAUGUUAAGUAUGUUUAUCCUUCGUAAGCAUUGCUAUUAUGUCUUAAAAUUAACAAAAAUCAAAUACAUAGAAUUGUAAGCAUCCCCAAAUAAUUCUUUAUCUUAAAUUUCUUUAAAAAAUGACUCAGCAUGUAAUAACUUUUCAUUUUAAAUAUCACAUCAGUGUUGCUCAAAUUGCUUUAGAGUUCUGAAUGGCCAUAUUAAAUGAGCAAUGAAUACUGUUCUGAAUAUAUAUAAUAAAAAUCACAAAGAAAGUCUUGUUAAUCUACCAGUCAUUGUAAAUGCUGUCUAAUCUUUAAAACCUUCAUUGAUCUUAUCUUAGUUAGCCAUGUGUGCUUUUGCUUCCGUUUGAAAACCCAUAGUUCUCUGCGCUUAUUGUCUAUCAUUUUACCUUGCAUUGGAGUUCUCUUUACAUGUGUUCUUAUUCAUCUGUUGCCCAAAUAUGCAUUUUAACUAUACGGUGUUCAAAAUGUAGAGGGGGAAAAAUGAGGCAAAGAUUACUUCUGAAAAUUGGAAUGCUCAAUAAGCCCCUAAAGAGCUUGUUCCACUCCUCUAACCCCACCCCAGAAAUUGUUUAGUCUGUAACAUGGCUCUAGAAUCUUAAUUUUUAACCAAUGCAACUUGGGAUUCUGGUGUUAUCUUGGGUGAUACUGGAAAAUCAAAAUUCCUUUGAGCCCAUUUAUCGGUAGAAAUAUUUUAGAUAGUAUCUUAAAACUUGGUUAAAAUCACAUAUGAGAGUCCUGUGCUUGGUGGAGGUUAUUACUGGUCAGUUCCUUCAUACCAUCCAGACAAGACACUCUCCUCCCACAAGCUGUUAGAAUUCCUUAUGCACCUUUCUGCUUCUGCAUUCCCAUCACUUUCAGGUGUCUGGGUUUCUGGAAUGUUUGUGUCAUCAGAAGCUAGAGCUAUGUUACAUGUAAUGUCUGUCUGGGAAAAAGGUACAGAAUAAAGAAUCCAGACCUAACAUGAUAUUACAUGAAAGAGAGCACGUUGAGGUGGGACUCUGGAUCCCUGUAUCUGAAAGAAAAAGGCGAGAAAAUGCCAAGCAGGGAAAAAUUUGGAGGUCUUCAAUGUCCAUGAGUCAACAGCAAAAUGAUCAAAAAGAAUCUGUUAUCCAACAUGAACUCCCUUCUAUAUAAAGAAACUACUCCUGAA